AUGAGUACCGAAGGAGGCCCGACUGCGAUCCGUGUGUCCUGUUCUUUGAACAUGAACGAUUUACAAAGUCAGAACAGUUUCGAUUUUGUACCAAAGUCUGAUUAUAACGAGAACUGGCAUCUGGAAAAUAAAUAUCUUUUUCAUAAUCAACAAUUCCUAGAAGGGGAAAAAUACGAGGUAGAUCACAGCUGCUGCGCGCGAGAUCAUAUAACGUGCAACGCUUAUCCACAUUUGAGGGAUAAACACGGAUUCAAACCGGACGGAAAUACUUUGAAUGAGAAAUCAAGCGACCGGAAAUACGACGAGGAAUCGAUCGAUCACUCGUUGCCGGGUAUCAUCCACGAGGCUACGAGCUCCGAUUGGAAAUGGAGAAAUCCUUACAGCAUUUCCGAUCUACAUCGAUCGAAUCGAUGGAAACACAAUAAUUUCGUUUCGGGGAACGACUUUUCCACGAAUCCGUUGCGGGACGCGUGUAACAAAAUAGAGAAUCGCUACGAGGAUUCUGGUAAAAGCGACGCGAAAUCGAACUACUUCCACAAUUUUCGAGAAUAUCUGGUCAACUAUCAAGAAUCAUGCGGCGUUCCACGGACAGAAUAUUCUUUCUCGGCUCUUAUCAAGAUAAUGGGCCAAGCAACUGGUCGAUCUCUUCUCGCUCUGUUAUACGUGAUGCUGAACAUCAUACCUGUCGUAGAGGUGCUCCUAUACAUAUUGCGAUUCAUUUUGGACAAAGUGGACAGUAUAAGGAAGAGCAGGGACUUCCGGCAAGCAAUGAUACGAUGCUUCGUAUUCACGAUGGAAUUAUUCAGUGUGUACAUAUGCUUAACAUUUAUAUUCGGUUUUAUCGUCUUACCGAUCUUGCAGAUGGUAAUCGGUAUAUCGGCAAAGAUCAUGCUCUACAAUUAAUCCCGAUGACUGUCGUUUCGUACGAUAGAAGGAUGUUGAUUAGCAAUCCGUUAUAGCAGGCAUUACGUGUAAAUAUUGAGAACUGUUUGCUCGUGUAUAAUUGAAAAAUCUUUUCGGACAAAUAUUAAUUUUCAUUUCUGUUAAUAGAGCGCGUAUAUCAAUAACGAAGUUUUAAUUUAUUUUCAGAAUUAUACACCGGCGAGUAUAUCUCUUUUAUUAUGUUUAUGUUGCUCGUAUUUUCCGUUGUACGAUUGUCUUUUAUACGAUUAUUCAUAUAUGUGUCUUUUUUUAUACGAUUCUAUCGAUGUUAUGUGUACAAAGCCACUGUUUUUAUACAGCGAUAUUAAAGAUGGAAAUAAUAACGAAAACGCUUGUUGUAUAUUCGGUGCAAUUUUAUUAAAAAAUGUCGUGUCGACGGCAUGUAUUUGCAAGCGAAUAUUCUUUCUCUUUUUAACAGAUAGGUAUAAAAUCCUUUUACUGUCGAGUUAUACAGGAUAUCACUUGAGAAUGUACUUUAAAACUACACGAGUCUCUUUGAUCUUUACGCUCCAUAUUCGCUAACUGGUCACGUGUUCUUUAGUUCAACCAUGACGCGAGGAAACGAAUACGACACUACGUUGUUAGUUUUAUACAACGAACGCAAGAAGAGUUUACUAGUUGCUACAAAGAGAAUGAAACCUCAAUUCCUGUUGAUUCCGACGAUUUACACUUUGUACGAGUAUCUGAAUAUUAAUUUGACAGUCUCAUUGAUUCGAAGCGUGCUGCUCAAGGCGAAGAAAAUAAGGGGUGUGCAAAAGUAUCAUUUUCUCUACGACGCCUCGGAUUAAAAUGCAAACGCGAGAUGAAACCGUUUCGUGGAAGAAAUAGUGGAAUGUCCAUCGUUGAACGAAACAAUGCUUCCG